GAUAGCUAGCAACUGGACUUUCGUAUUAAGCUAGCUGCUUCAUCACUGGCUGCCAGCGUUGGUGUUCUCGGGCUGCAUUUACGGUGUUAGUUGUAGGCUGACUACAGUUUAACAGAAAAUGGCUCUCCUAACGACUUUGUUUGCGUUCCUGUACCACCUGCCGAUGGUGUACAAGUGGCUUCUGAAGCCUUACUAUGUAGCCUCUCUGUUCAUGUCCAUAGCCUUUCUAGCUGUCCGAAAGACGCCUGGCAUCUGCGACCAUCUGAACACAAAUCGAGAGGACGGCAACUCCUGCGACUUCGACUGGAGGGAGGUGGAGAUCCUCAUGUUCCUCAGUGCCAUUGUCAUGAUGAAGAACAGACGAGCGAUUACGGUGGAGCAGCAUGUGGGCAACAUCAUCCUGUUCAGCAAAGUGGCCAACGUCAUCCUGUUCUUCAGACUGGACAUCAGGAUGGGCCUGCUUUACCUGACGCUCUGCAUAGUGUUUCUGAUGAUCUGUAAGCCUCCUCUCUACAUGGGACCUGAGUACAUCAAGUACUUCAGCGACAGGACCAUCGAUGACGAGUUGGACAGAGAUGAUCGUGUGACCUGGAUCGUGGAAUUUUUCGCCAACUGGUCUCCAGAGUGCCAGUCCUUCGCCUCCGUCUACGCUGAUCUGUCCCUGAAGUACAACUGCGCCGGUCUCAAGUUCGGUAAAGUGGACAUCGGACGUUACGGAGAGGUUUCCAAAAAGUACAAGGUGUCCACGUCUCCCCUGUCCAAGCAGCUGCCUUCCCUGGUGCUGUUUCAGGGCGGGAAGGAGGUGAUGCGUCGACCCCAGGUGGACAAGAAGGGGAGAGCCGUGUCCUGGAGCUUCACUGAGGAGAACAUCAUCCGAGAGUUUAACCUGAACGAGCUCUACCAGAAAUCCAAGAAGCUCAACAAAAGCAAAGGAGACAAGCUCAUGCAGUCCCAGUUCCCCCCCGUCCCCGAAGAGGACGAGCCUGAGCAGACAGGGGCCCCCGCAGACGAGGGGGUGGCCGAGUCCAAGAAGGACAAAUAAGACAGAUUGUACCACUUGGCUUUCACUCCUGGAUGGAACAUGUGGGUCCCACCAGCUGCUCCCCCCACCCCCCCUCCUCCUCCUCUUCCUCAGUGUUCAGGUGUGGAUCAUGGUGUGCAUGAAGAACAGCCACAGUACACCCCCCACCCAAUCUGAGUGAGGCGGGGACUUCUUCCUAACGGGCAGUAAGGGAGCAGAGAAUGUGAUGCUACUUUGUUGUUCUAGAUUUUUAUGCAACUAAUUUAAUUCGAGUAGAUUUUUCAGAUGAUUUUCUGAAUAACUGUACAUUCAUGUAAACAAAAAUAAUCCAUCUCCAGUGAUUAGACGUAAACAUGAGCCGGGUGGUGACAGAACUCAGAGCCAGCUGUUGCUUUGUAUUCGUGUGUUCACUUUUAUACUGACGGUUUUUUUUACUUUUUUGUUGCCACCUUUGUUCUGCUUUUAGAAGUAAUACGAGCUCCGUGGUACUCCAUUCUACUCUUGUUACAAUAACCGUUCCAUUAAAGUUUUGUUUUUUUGUUGACAACAUCCUCAGGAUGAAGAGCAGCUUAACUGUACAGUUUCCCUCUCUGCUAUUAUGGUCUGUCUCUCCUGCACCGUCAUGCUGCUGUAUGCACAGAUCCAUGUGGGCCAAUCGAAUGAUGUCAAACACCUGUCCUGCUCACUGAUUGGCUGAAUACUGAUACUAUUGUCAGGUUAGCAUGAUGACGCAUUCUGCAGUCUGGUCCCAAUACGAACUUCCUCUUUACUUCAGAUUUCUUUCACUUAACAUUCCUAAUCAAGAUUUUGAUCUUUUUUUCCUCUUGUAGUUGUAAACUGGUUAACAUGCGCACAGGAAGGGUUUGAAUGAGCUUUUUGGACACUGUGUCAUUAUUCCUUGUUCCUUUUUUAAUAAUUGUUUUGUAUUGCACACUUGUGAUUUUUAUUUGACUUUUUGUCAUGUUGCAUUUCAUUUGAGCUGCAUUCCACGGCUGUGUGUAGAUCUGCUGCUGUACAUGAAGACAUGAGCCUGUUUGUUUUUCAUGCAAUAAAACAAUGUGAACAUGAA